UAACCGUUGGGCAACGCACUUACUCAUACACGUCUCUCUCUCUCUCUUUCUCAAAACAGAUCUUUCCGCCUCUCUCUCUCUCUCUCGAAAUGGACCUCGUCGGAGAAACCACAAGCCUCGCCUCCACCGUUGCUUCUUCUUCUUCCUCCUCCCUAUCAUCAACCGCUACGAGCCACCACGAUUGCGACUCGCCACGUGGCGGAGAUGUAGACCACGAGUUACUCCGCACCACGUCCGUUUCCGUCUCCGUUUCCUCGUCUUCUGCCUCAAUCCAGCGAGUCCUGAGCCUAAUCAGAUCGGAGGAUCCCGAAUCGAGGCUGUUCGCAGCUAGAGAGAUCCGUCGGCUGACGAAGACGUCGCACAGAUGCCGCCGACACUUUUCUCAGGCCGUCGAACCGCUCGUUUCGAUGCUCCGAUUCGAAUCGCCGGAGUCGCACCACGAGGCAGCUCUCCUCGCUCUCCUUAACCUCGCCGUCAAAGACGAGAAGAAUAAAGUGAGCAUCAUCGAAGCCGGUGCUUUAGAACCAAUCAUCAACUUCUUGCAAUCUAAUAGCACAACACUUCAAGAAUACGCCUCUGCGUCUUUGCUCACUCUCUCCGCCUCCGCUACCAACAAACCCAUCAUUGGAGCUAAUGGAGUGAUUCCUCUAUUAGUCAAAGUCGUUAAACAUGGAAGCCCACAAGCUAAAGUUGAUGCAGUCAUGGCACUUUCCAACCUCUCUACGCUCUCCGCUAACCUGAGCAUGAUCCUAGCGACCAAUCCACUCUUGCCGAUACUGAGUCUUCUCAAAUCGAGCAAAAAAUCAUCGAAAACAUCUGAGAAAUGCUGUUCCCUGAUAGAGUCCUUGAUGGUAUCUGGCGAGGAGGCGAGAACGGGUUUAGUUUCAGAUGAAGGAGGUGUGUUUGCGGUGGUGGAGGUUCUUGAAAACGGGUCACUACAAGCUCGGGAACACGCGGUUGGCGUGCUCUUAACACUGUGCCAGAGCGAUAGAAGUAAAUACAGAGAGCCAAUUCUCAGAGAAGGUGUAAUACCGGGACUGCUUGAGCUCACGGUUCAAGGCACAUCAAAGUCUCGCACUAAAGCACAGAGACUCCUCUCUUUACUAAGGAACUCGAGAAGCCCGAGACCAGAGGUUCAACCCGAUACUAUAGAGAACAUAGUGUCGAGCUUGAUCUCUCACAUAGACGGAGAUGAUCAGUCCGGUAAGGCGAAGAAGAUGCUAGCUGAAAUGGUGCAAGUUAGCAUGGAAAAGAGCUUGAGACAUCUACAGGAACGUGCUUCCACUCUUGUCCGUCCCUAAAACCUGCGAGGUCUCUUGCAAGUAAAAAAAAAACAGAUUCUGCAUAAAGGGUGAUGAAGAUUGAUGGAUAUAUCAUACGUGUGCCAGUCCAGUGCCGGCCUUCUGGUUCUCAGUGACUGGUUUCUUUUAUUAAGGUUCUUGCGAGCUAAAAAGGUCUUUGGUGUGUACAUAUACAUUUCUAUAGAAACGUUUUUUUCUUUUAAAUAAAAGUUUCAAUCAUGUUGUUGUGGCAUUGGAGUU